CUGCGGUACAACUCCCUUCGGUCUGUAUGCUUUUCGCAGAUUUUGUUUCGCUUCAGACGAGUUUCAGUUUUUCACAGUUCGUUCGUUGACCACGUCGUCAUCUAAAUCUUCAACCGUACGUCUGCGCGUUUGUAGUUUUCCCAAGUGUUGUGUGUCUGCUGGAAGAUAGUGGAAGUUUUACACUAUAGUCCGAGUGAUUCUGGUGAUAAGAUCUGGCAAAUUGAUAAAUUGUGGUGACAAAUUAGCGAUCGACGUGAAUAUCUCACACAUUUCCGCCCAGUUGACCUUCAUCGGCCCGUGAAAGGCAACCGUUUCCUUGGGAAGAUAUUCAAGUGAUUUUAUUCUUUUGCCAUGGCUGCUUGUGGAUGUGGUUGUUGUUUUUGAAGCUGAAGGCACAGAGAAAUUUUUGGCAGGCACCAGACGAAUAAAUAGCAUUAUGAGGCCAGCAUCUAGUAGUUUCCGAGAACGACAGCGAGCAGUACAGAAGAUCCUUGUACCAGCGGCGGCCGCGGCAGCAGUGGAUCAUUUUCCGGAGCAGAAAAUCUUCAACCAGCUGAUCAUCACAAGUGCCCGAAACAGGAGUCACAUCGAUCACAAACGGCGUCAUUUUCCGUUACGUCCGACACCGCGAAAAUCACUCUUAUCCGCGAUGGACGUUCUACUCUAGCAUUCGGAAUGGAUACGUGAAUCUGCUCUGAUUAGUGAAGGACACAAUUCGCAAUAAUCACAGUAUAAAUUCAGAUCAUUCCCCAUAUUCAAAUGUGUUGAACUGUUGUGAAGAAUGUGCGCGCUGUCCUCAUUUCACGCUUAUUUUCGCUUUUAAUUACACCCAAACAAAACCAAAAACAACACCCCCAAUCCGAGUGGACUUUGUUCUCAGCAGAAAAGUGUUACAGAAAAACGUGUUGUGACAGUGACAUUGGAAGAGAGCGCAAUAUGUUUUGAAAUCGCAAAACGGUUCGCGUGUGUGUGUGUGCGUCUUUUCAUUGCUACACCGUUUCAACGGAACCGAUCAAGGAAGCGAACCAAUAGCGCGCACACUGUCUCUCUCGUUCGAUCAUUGUGAGGUCGGAUUUGCUGUCAUAGAAGAACAAAGAAUUCGAAGAAUGGCCGAUAACAACAACAACAAUGGUCUCACACAACCGUCGGUGUGGAUCUUCGGGUAUGGCAGCCUCUGCUGGUAUCCUGGGUUCGAGUAUGACAUCUGUGUUACCGGCUACAUCAGAGGUUAUGUCAGACGCUUCUGGCAGGGAAAUACGACCCACCGGGGAACGGUGGAGAAGCCGGGCCGUGUAGCAACCUUGAUUGAAGACAAAGAUGGUAUUACCUGGGGCUGCGCGUUCAAGGUGACCGGCAGCCUGGCGCUCGACUAUCUGAAGCAGCGCGAGUGCACCCUCGGGGGGUACGCGACGGACUACAUGAAAUUCUUCCCACGCGUUGCGAGCGAACAUUCCGGCCUCAGCGGAGAGGCUUUCCAUGCGCUCGUUUACAUAGCCACCCCCAAGAAUGACCUCUGGAUCGGGGAGGAACCGAUGGUGGAGACGGCACGCCACAUCGCCGAAUGUCGUGGACCGACCGGACACAACGUCGAAUAUCUGGUUCGAUUGGCGAUUUUCAUGCGCGAGGAGCUGCCGGGUGCAUCGGAUGAUCAUUUGUUUGAGUUGGAAGGGCUGGUCCGGAGAUUUGUAGCGGAAGCGAACGUACCGAUCGGUAGUUUGCUGGGCAACGAGCCACGCCGGAUACGGAGAGAUGCGCACGAAUCCGUCCGGCGGCACGUUUCGUUCGAGUUUACCUCGCGGGUGCCGGAGAAGAAGCUGAGAUGUUUGAAUAUCUAAAUUUUAGACCGCCCGAAAUGCGCUAAGUUCCUUGUUAAGUAUUUGUGAACCAUCACUUUAAGCUUCUUGUUUUUGUAUUGAAACGAUUAAACGCUAGUUUAUUUUGACUUGUCGAAAAUCACGCGCAAAUUGAUAUUUAUGUAAUCUUUUUUGAUGCUAGAUUACCAAAAAGGAUGCGACAAUAUAGGUUAACAUGCCAAAACAAUUAUUAUCAACUAUUUCUAAAUAGGACAGCUUACUAUAUAUGAUAAUAAAAUAAAUGUUGACCUCAAGCUUUUACUCAUCUAAUGAAAUUUACAA